CCAACCUACUCUCUCCUCCUCUUCGUCUCUGGUCUUUCUCAUUAAUAAUUAAAAAAAGUCAAAUUAUAUUUUACAAAAGGAUCCGGCGGAGUAGCCGGGUCCGAUCUCGGGUUUGGGUCAGUUGAUAUCAUCGCUGCUAAUGGUGAGUGUAUUGAUUUGCCUUUGAAAAAUCCAUCGCUGCGGUUUUGUUUCUGGCUAAGUGUGCAGGACUCUCAGUUGUGGGAGUUGAGAUAGCGAGGUGGCCCGAUGGGUUCCAAGUCAUGGCUGCAUCCCGCUCCCACUUACAGGCCCUUGGAGACGUAUUGGGACACUGAUGAAGAUGCGCCCGGCCCGCGUUGCGGCCAUACUCUCACCGCCGUUGCGGCGACUAAGACGCAUGGCCCUCGGUUGAUUCUCUUCGGCGGCGCCACCGCCAUCGAGGGCGGUGCAUCCGCUUCCGCUCCUGGCAUCAGGUUAGCUGGUGUGACCAAUUCAGUUCAUUCUUAUUGUGUUUUGACAAGAAAGUGGACCAGGAUCAGGCCAGCGGGAGACCCGCCAUCUCCUAGGGCUGCGCACGCCGCAGGUGCUGUGGGGACUAUGGUUGUUUUUCAGGGUGGUAUUGGUCCUGCUGGGCAUUCUACUGAUGACCUCUACGUGCUUGAUUUGACUAACGAGAAGUUGAAGUGGCACAGAGUGGUUGUGCAAGGACCAGGUCCCGGACCUCGCUAUGGCCAUGCUAUGGACUUGGUUGCUCAAAGAUAUCUUGUUACAGUCAGUGGCAAUGACGGGAAAAGAGUUCUCUCUGAUACUUGGGCACUGGAUACUACUCAGAAACCAUAUGCAUGGCAGAAAUUGAACCCAGAGGGUGAUAGACCUUCUGCUAGAAUGUAUGCAACAGCCAGUGCUCGUUCGGAUGGCAUGUUUAUGCUUUGCGGUGGGAGAGAUUCCUCUGGCACGCCUUUAUCAGAUGCUUAUGGGCUGCUACUGCAUAGGAAUGGUCAGUGGGAAUGGACCCUUGCUCCUGGGGUGGCUCCUUCACCAAGAUAUCAACAUGCUGCGGUAAGUUAUUAGGUACAAUCCAGCAAUCCGAGCUACCUAAUUAUAUUCUAUCAAUUUUUUCUCAGUUUUUUCUUUUGAGUAGUUCUUGACACUGCUGCUGGAGUCUGGUUGGAUAGAAAUGGACUAGUGACUUCUCCCCGUGGUGGCAAGGGGCAUGCUGAUCAAGAUCCUUCUUUGGAACUUAUGCGACGUUGUCGGCAUGCAUCUGCCUCUGUUGGUGUUCGUAUCUAUGUCUCCGGUGGCUUAAGAGGAGAUGUGCUGCUAGAUGAUUUUUUAGUUGCAGAAAAUUCACCAUUUCAGUCUGACAUCAAUUCCCCCAUAUUGACAUCUGAAAGAGCACCAACAGUGACUAAUCCCAAAAUUAAUCAAUAUAGUUUAAGUCCUUACACAACACCCCCUUCAGAUUCUGGACAAGAGGCCCUACCAUCUGAGAACAUGAGCAUGGACAAAAGCUCUCUGGAAAAACUGAGGGAGGCUUCUGCUGCUGAAGCUGAGGCAGCUAGUGCGGUCUGGCAAGCUGCACAGGCAGCAUCUGCCAUUUCUGCUGAGGAAACAUCUGUCUCUGAUGAUAGCUCAACUGCUGCGGAAACAACUUCAGAUGGCACUGACGCUGAAGUAGAUGUUCGUCUUCAUCCUAGAGCUGUUGUUGUUGCCAAAGAGGCUAUGGGGAAUCUUGGUGGUAUGGUAAGGCAGUUAUCCCUGGAUCAGUUUGAAAAUGAGAGUAGAAGAAUGGUUCCCGUGAACAAUGAUCUUUCAUAUCCAACCAAGAAGUUCUCUAGGCAAAAGUCUCCUCAAGGAUUGCAUAAAAAGGUUAUUUCUACAUUGCUUAGACCUCGAAACUGGAAAGCUCCUGCAAAUAGAAGAUUUUUCUUGGACUCUUAUGAAGUUGGUGAACUUUGUUAUGCGGCUGAACAACUAUUUAUGCAUGAGCCUACGGUUCUUCAGUUGAAAGCACCCGUAAAAGUCUUUGGUGAUUUACAUGGGCAAUUUGGUGAUCUAAUGCGGCUUUUUGAUGAAUAUGGAUUUCCUUCAACUGCAGGGGACAUAACGUAUAUUGAUUAUCUAUUUUUGGGAGAUUAUGUUGAUCGGGGACAGCACAGUUUGGAGACGAUAACUUUGCUGCUUGCUUUAAAGAUUGAGUAUCCUGAGAAUGUUCACUUGAUUCGUGGAAAUCAUGAAGCUGCAGACAUAAAUGCACUCUUUGGUUUUCGCCUCGAAUGCAUUGAAAGAAUGGGGGAGAAUGAUGGAAUAUGGGCAUGGACCCGGUUCAAUCAGCUUUUCAAUUAUCUUCCAUUGGCUGCACUUGUUGAAAAGAAAAUUAUCUGUAUGCAUGGUGGCAUAGGGAGAUCGAUACAUUCUGUGGAACAGAUUGAGAAGCUUGAAAGGCCGAUAACAAUGGAUGCUGGGUCUAUAGUUCUGAUGGACCUUUUAUGGUCAGAUCCUACCGAAAAUGAUAGCGUAGAAGGUUUGAGACCAAAUGCUAGAGGACCUGGUCUUGUCACCUUUGGGCCUGACCGAGUAACAGACUUCUGUAAGAAAAACAAGUUACAGCUCAUUAUUAGGGCACAUGAAUGUGUGAUGGAUGGAUUUGAGCGGUUUGCUCAGGGUCAAUUGAUUACUCUUUUUUCUGCAACCAACUAUUGCGGGACGGCAAACAAUGCUGGUGCUAUAUUGGUAAUUGGCAGGGGGUUGGUAGUGGUUCCAAAAUUGAUUCACCCGUUGCCACCUCCUCUUCGAUCGCCGGAGACAUCGCCAGAACGCAUUAUUGAUGAUGCAUGGAUGCAGGAGCUGAAUAUUCAAAGACCGCCGACCCCCACUCGUGGUCGGCCCCAGCCUGACCUUGACCGCAGCUCACUUGCAUAUAUAUAACAUUUCUAUGCCUGACAGAUUUGCUAAAAGUUACGACACUCCGCAGCACUUGGAUAUUUAUUUGUGAAUUUCGUGCAGCGGAACAAGACAGGGUCGGGAUGUUGUAUUUUUGAAGAUGCAAGUAGUGAAAUGUCGCCAUAUCUAGUGUACAAAUAGCUUGAGAAUAGCAGAGUAAUGAGCUUUCGACAAGCGAGUGUAAGGUGUGUCCUACAAGUCUUGGAAGGGAUUUUGGCUAAAGGUGAAAUUGGUUUGGUAGCUCGUUGUAUUAUAAGUUGAAGGUUCUUUUCAAAAUUUCUGAUUACAUAUUUGUGAGGAAUGUGUAUUGUAAACAUUAAUGGUGUUAAUAUCCUGGUUCUUCCUUGAUUAAUUUCUUCUGUUUAACCCUCAAGGAUUGUAUCAAAUUGUAUAUUGUCCAUCAUAUGCAUGCAUGAUCCGAUCCAUGCAUUCAAAUACACAGGUGGUUUGGAUGGAGUA